AUGGAGGUCCUCAAGGAUUGCAAGACUGCCGAUGAUUUAAAGGAUUUCUUCCGGAAGCAGCGCAAGCCCAAUUUCCUCGUGUUUCGCAAAAGACGGAAAGACGGUGUGUAUGAGUUUUGGACCAUCAACGAGGAGGACGACACCAUUCCUGAUGCAGCCGUCCUUGACGCUCUGGUUCCCGUCAGCGUUCACCACAAGGUCAUAAACGUAAAAGAAGAGCUGGAGAAGGAGCCUUUCAGCAAUUUGAGCCUCCAGAAGGGAACCGAUGGAAGAUCAUCUCCAGAUGGACGGUUGGUCGACUUCUUCCAGGACCCGGAGUGUUACUUGAAGGGGGCCUCCUUUGAGGUUGAUGAUGCUGAUGGCGAUCCCGAGAAGUCUCAGUAUUCCGUUUUGAGGGAUGAGUGCAGCAACAUGACGAGAGUGCUCCGCCACAACAAGUCGAACAUCGAUGUUUACACCGAUGCAGUUGACUUGAGAAGCAGCUGCAUGGCUUGUAAUUCCACGGACGGCUGCCGCUGUUUCAAGGUCCUGUUCCUUUACACGAAGAAGCGUGCUUUUGACUGCAUCACAUCUGCUGAUCAGAAGACAUUUCACGAAUUGUGGUGUGCAUGGCGUAGCCACUUCGGAGACGGCGUGUAUACCAGCCAAUACGCCCCGGAACACUUCGGCAGCAAAUUGCGUGUGGCCUUGAACAUGUAUGGCGGUUGUGACACGGAUCCUUUCUCUGACGAGCCCCUCUGUUGCCUUCCUAAAUGGGAGGACAUCCGCACUCUACAGGCUGUAGAGGCUGUUGCCUUUUGCAUUCCGAUCCUGGUCCCACAAGAGCGGCUGCGUAAUUACAAGGACACAGAUCCCACAGGACAGUUCCUACCAGGCCGCAACCGCAAAGGUGUCAAGCAGCACGAAGGGCGAGAUAUAUGGAUUAUUGCUCCAGACAACGAAGGCAGUUAUAAUGUGACCGCAGAUAGAAGGGCACGUCUGGAGCUCUUGAAGAUGCGUCAAAACAAUCCAAAGGCUUCACUCGUUUCCAGGAUGCAAGCUUUCGCCGAUGCUGCUUUGAUGCUCUUGAUGCAGGGCGACUUGGCCGAGGCCAGGGAUUUCUUCAAGGAAGCGUUGCAGAUACAGAAAUCCAUCAGGCAGACCGACUUCGGGCCGAGCCUGGUUCAGGCCUAUGCCCGUUGUCUGCGGCAGCAAGACACCUCUGAAAGCAAGGCAGAGGCCAAGAAGCUCUUGGAAGAAUACGGUUUUAUGAUCCAAGACGAUUUCGGCUCAAAGGGUGAGGUCGAGUUGUGCGAGGAAGAGGCAGGCAAGCAGGAAGACUUUCAGCCAGGCAUGAAGCUCCGGAGCAUUCAGGACGACAGCGACAGCGACGUGAAUUGGUCUGGCUGUCCUGGCAGACGUCUGAGCUUCAACAUCGGAAAAGUCUUCAGCAUCAAGGAGAUCCGCGGCAGCUUUUUCCGGGCAACGGAGAGGAACUUGUGGGCGCCACUUAGCGCAUUCCAAGAUGAGGGUGUUGGGGCGUCUGCGAAAAGUGGCGGCAGUGAGGGAGGAACGGCCUCAUCUCAGGAUGCUGCGCCUGUCGGCGGCACUCAGCCGCAGGGCCCUGCCGGGCGAGCAUUCCGGAAGAAGGGCCAGCAGGAGACGUUCCCGGACGGCAAAGAUGCUGUGCCGGGAUUGUUCUCGGCACGGUUCAAUGACGAGAACAAGGAAACAGAGCACAAGUUCCGGCGUGUGUACGAGAUCCUGAAGGGGCACAACUUUCCUGUCCUGAUGGUCGCCGCAAAAGCUGGCGACGACUUCGGUAAGUUGACAACGAGAUAUUUGAGCCAGAUUGAAGAGAAUCAGGGUGUGCUCAUUUGUGUUUGUACGAAACACUAUGCUGAGAUUACCAGUUCACCCUUCAGCUCUUACCACGAAUUAAAGUAUGCACAAGAGUAUCAGUUAGAUGUUCUCCCGCUGAAAGUGGAAGACGUCUACCCUCCAGAACCUCCCAGUGGAAAAGAUCAUCUUUACGACAAGGACGGUGAUGCAAAGGCCACAAUCAAGAUGGUCUUCAAACCCAACGUUGUCUUCGAGGACUGCCGCGAUCUAGAUGAGAUGCAGAUUGCUCGGAAGAUCGCAGACAAGUUGCUCAAGAAGAAGACGCCUCGCGACAUGUCGCAGCCGAUGCAAGGCUCUGGUCGUGGAUGA